UCACGACGGUCGCUGGCUUCUCGCUAAAAUCUUUUAAUUUUUUGUUAAAAAUGCAGUGAAAUCGCUGAAUAAUAUCGGCACAGCAUCGGUGUUCCAUUGUGUGAGCAGGCUUUAGUGUUAAUCCGAUCACCGGCACCCGCCAGGAUGGAGGAAAAGGGAACCGCACCAGGUGGUAACGAGCUGUUCAGCUUACCGCCCGGACCCGCAACGUUAUGUUUCGACAAAAACGAAUUCAUGAAGAAAACCUUCUCCGUCGACGAGUUCCUGCACGAGAACCGGAACGCGGGCAGCCUGGAGAUCAUCCGCGAUGAUCUCGGUCUGUACCUGAAGGUUUUGCGAUCGGCCAUGAUCGAGCUGAUCAAUCAGGAUUACGCGGAUUUCGUCGAUCUGUCCGCCAAUCUGAUCGGACUGGAUGAGCAGAUCGAUGGUAUUCAGGGACCGCUGGAGAAACUACGGGCCGAGAUCGCUCUCGUCAAAGCUGCCCUCGAAGGCAGCAUGCACGAGAUUGCCAACUGUCUCGAGCAGAAGAAAGCCCUUCGUGGUCACAAAAAAUCACUCCAAAGUCUGGCCCGAUGUCAGGCAUCGUUAGAGAAGCUUGAGACGAUGCUACGGAGAGACCAGCAGGACACCGUAGCGGUGACCAUCAACGCAACCCUUCUCGAGCGUGCCGCACUCGAAUCGAUCCAGUUACAGUUUAACAUAAAGUUCUGUAAAGAUUUCCUCGAUCCAGCCAAACAGCAGCUGGCCCAGGAACUGUGGAAUGAGCUGUUGGGACGGCUGCAGGAAUACUUCCUCCGGGCGCUGGAUGAUCCGGAACCGAAGGAGCUCGAACGUUGCCUUCGCAUUUACUGCACACUGGACGAGUGUCGUACGGCGGAGACCGUAUUUCGGUGCGAGAUCGUGGCACCGUUCAUGAAUCGGGUCAUCUCCGAGACGAGCCUCCAGAACUCACCCCAAGGUCUGACCGGGAUCUACAAUCAGAUACUGGACUUUGUGUCGAUGCGCAUGAAGCACCUGUGCCAGCUCACGAAACGGAACGGCAAAGUGAAGGGCUACAGCUUCGUAGUGAAUGCCUUUUGGGCGGAAGUGGAGCGCCGCAUGGAGACGAACAUGUCGUCGAUCUUUGCGCCCGGCAAUCCCGAUGCGUUCUAUCAGAAGUACAAGUGUACGCUCGAGUUUCUCGAGCGGAUCGAGCUCAUCCUGGACGAUGCGGAUGAUGUGGCCCAGUUCAAGGCACACGCCCAGUACCGUAGCUUCCAGGUGCGCUGGAAUUUGCCGGUUUACUUUCAGAUUCGUUUUCAGGAGAUUGGCUCCACGUUCGAAGCGAGCUGUAGUGGUUCGAUCAUCGAUCGACAGCAGAUCACCAAUGCGACCAUUUCCGCGUCCCAGUUCAAUGUGGCACAGUUUUCCGGCGCACUGACCGCCAUUUCCCGUUGCUGGCAGGAGGGUAUCUUCCUUUCUCAGCUAUUCCAUCGUUUCCUUAAGCUAACGCUGCAGAUUCUUGCCCGGUUAACGGUAUGGUGUGAUGGUGCGAUCGUAGCCAAGAUCGACGAUCCGUCGAUCACCGGUGAACAAGCACAAUCCAUUCGGAUACGCUUCCUCGUCGCGCUCUACUCCGAUCUGGGCAAUAUCGCCCUGAAGAUCCCUUCGAUCGUGAACCUUGCAGCAGAUAAAAGCUCCUCCCCGGGAGUGUCUCGGUCGGAACUGGAAGUAGCUCUCGGCGAAUGUGGCACCCUGUUCCGUACGAAACAAACACACGUUCAACGGUCGAUCGUACAGGAGCUUAUAGCGAGCAGUUUGGUGGCGCUCAAGCAGGCCAGCGACAUUCCACGAUUGUACCGGAAAACGAAUCGUGAACUGCCGAGCCGCUGCUGUCCGUACGUGGAGCAGGUACUCGCACCAACGGACAGCUUUAAGCGAUCGUAUGCCUCGAUGAUCGUUGGUGAUGCGAUGCGAGAGUUUCUCUGUAGCGUCUACAGUCACGUCACUGUGCAAUACUACCUGGUGAUCGAUGAGGUGAUCACGUCCGUGCAGAAAACGGAAGAAUCGUUGCGACGCUUGAAGAAUCUACGUGAUCGGAAUACGGGAAGUGGCACUGGUGGACAACAGCCCGUGCCCAGUAGUACGGCACCGACCGAUGACGAUAAGAUCCGUCUACAGCUGCAGGUUGAUGUGAUGCACUUUGCGCGCUACAUCAAAGAGGAAGCCCAAAUUCCUUGGCAGCAGGUCGACAAGCUACCGGAACUGAUUCAACUCGUCGAAGAAGCCAUCAAGGGACGUCCGGGAUUGGAAGCAAGUCAAACCAGUGCAUAAAGCGGGAAGCAUCGUUGCCAGCAAAAACCAAAAACCCGCCACAGCGGCCCUUUUUCGGUCAUUUCCAGUUGUUGCUUGAUAGAAAACGAUAAGGUUGGCGUAAAUAAAUUAUUGGAAAACA